UCCUACAAGCACUUUCUUAAGCUUCUCCGUUUUGUUCUCUUAUCAUUAUAUUCUGUUGAGUUUCAAUCUUGUACAUAUAACUACUUUCAUAACUGUAGUCACUUACUCAUAACCAAUCCUCAAUAAACACAAACUUACUCAUAAUCAACCACUUAGUAGUUUCUUUUUCAUAUUCUUUUUUUCUUUCCUUGAACUGAGUCUGAUUUACUUGAUAUUAUGGCGUUGGAAGAGAUAUUUGUUACCGGUGCCACAGGGUUCAUGAAAAAAUUGGUUUCUCUUGCUGCUAAAAAAAUUGGAAAGACCGGGGCUAUAGAUAAAGAUCUGCAAAAGCUUAAGGAUACUCUGGAGAUGAUCGCAGCUGUAACAUCUGACGCUGAAAAGAAGCAGGUGAAAAACAAAUUCGUGCUGCUUUGGGUGAGAAGGAUCCAAGAUGUUGCAUAUGAUGCUGACGAUCUUUUGGAUGAAAAUUCUUACGAAGCUAUGCGUGGAAACAUGGAGAAGAUGGAACUGCUAAGGACAACGCUAUGUUUCAGUUGGAACGUAGCGAUGAUGAUCUUACUGAGCAACUAGACCGAAUGACAGUGUCCUUUGUAGAUGAUUCUAAAAUUGUCGGAAGAAAACAGGAUAAGUCUCGCAUAGUGAAGAUGUUCUUGAUUACGAACCAUUCAUCGCCAUCGCCAUCGCCAUCAUCAUCUAAUAAUUUUACUAGUCCACAAGUCAUUUCAAUAGUUGGUAUGGGUCAGGAACGGACCCAGAAAUUUUCCUAGGAUAGGGCUAAAAUAUCAAUGAUUGUCAAUGCGGCCAAAGGUCGUGGCAAUUUUUUUGGAACGAGUUAUAUAAUUAGUGAUUAACUAAAAUUUUCUAAUAAAAUACUAGAUAAAUAGACAAGUUUAAGAUCAAAAUGGAUAAAUUUUAAUCAUGAAAAGUGAUCGGAGAAAGGAAUUUAUGAUUUAUAGCAGAGAAAAAUGGGAAAAAAAUGGAUGUAACAAAGAAACUUUUAAGUUUUGAACAAGAUCUUGGACUAAAAAUUAUUUAAGCUACAACUACAAGGACUAAUUAAGAAUAAAGGGUGGGCUAGAUAUUAAUUUUCAAAAGAUUCCUAUAUAACAGUUUUAUAUCACCAAAGAUAGGGACGGGUUAUAGCCUGGAUUAGUCCCUUGCUAGGCUCGUCCCUGGUAUGGCAGGGCUAGGGAAAACAACCCUCGCUCAAUUGGUAUACAAAGACCACUCGGUUGAGAGAAGCUUUGAACCAACAGCAUGGGUCUGCAUUUCCGACGACUUUGAUAUCUUUCUAUUUCUAGGAAAGAUUAUAGUCCUUCACUAGAAAAGCAUGCGACGUGUCUAAUGUCCAUGUUUUAGUUAGAAAAGUUCAAGAAAAUAUUAGUGGGAAGAAAUAUUUAUUGGUACUAGAUGGCCUGUGGAACGAAAGUGCCAAAGACUGGGAGAAACUUAAGGGUUAUUUAAGUGUGGGUGCUCAAGGGAGCAAAAUAUUAGUAACUACACGUAAAGAAAGUGUUGCAUGUAUUGUUAGGGAUACAAUUCCACCGUACAUUCUUACAACCUUAUCCCAACAUGAAUGUUGGUUUUUCAUGAAGAAUAGAGCUUUUUCUCCCGGCGGAGCAGUCGAAACUUUAAUCAUGUCAAAUAUAGGAGAGGAGAUCUCGAGAAAAUGUGUUGGUUUACCACUUGCAGCUAAUUUUCUCGGAAACCUAAUGCGCUUGAAAAGUAAAGAGUCGGAUUGGUUGGCGAUCAGAGACAGUGAUGUUUUUAAUACACCAGAAAAUCCAAAUAAAAUUAUACUAAUAUUGAAAUUGGGUUAUGAUAAUUUACCAUCCCAUCUGAAAAAGUGCUUCUCAUAUUGUUCCUUAUUUCCUAAAGAUUAUGAAUUCCAUAGAGAAACAUUAUUCGAUUGUGGAUGGCCGAAGGAUUCAUUCAUCCAUCUAAUGGAGGAAAUCGAAACUCACUUGAAGAUAUUGGUAAUGAUUACUUCCUUUGUUUGGUGUCUAACUCUUUCUUUCAAGAUGUAAAAAGGGAUUACAAAUUAUGUGACAUUACAUGGUUCAAAAUGCAUGAUUUAGUACAUGAUCUUGCGUUAAGUGUGGUUGGCCGUAAUGAAGUCUCGACUCAGAGUACAGGUGAAAUGGAAAGUAAUGUGUCUCAUAUUCGUCGGCUACGACUAAGAAUGGAUGGAAUUAAUGGUAACUGCAAGAUCAAUCUUAGCUUAUAUAAAGACAACUCUCUUUAUUGAUGUUUAGAUAGUCUCUCAAAACUAAACACACAACUCUAAUCUUGCUCAUAAUCAACCACAACUUUAGUGAUCAGUUAUAUAUAGAACUAUGAUUUCCUUUCCUAAGUUCUAUUCUCUUAUUACAUGUCUUUCCUUAUCUUAGAACUAUCUAGCUCCUAAUUCUUCGAACUUCAUGUAUUUCCUAUUCUUAUCCUAACCAACUUGUUAGUGAUUUCUAUGUUGAAGAUUAUCCAACAGGAAUACCCAAAAAUGCCAUAAAAUUGAGGACAAUUGUUUUCCAAGGAGGUGGUUUUGUCUCUCCAGGUCCACUGAGUAACAAGCAUCUUCGUGUAAUUCAUCCGCUAGAUGGUGCUGAUAAGAGUAUGAGAACUAUACCUUCUUCCGCUUUCAAGUUCUUUUUAAUUUUGGAGAAAAAAUUAAGAUUGAUAACCAUGUGCCGAGGAGGCACAAAUAGUUCCGCUUUCAAGUUCAAACACAUGAGGUAUCUUGACUUUAGUUAUUCUGAUCUUGAAGCUAUUAAUGCUGCUGAUUCCAUUCAUCAGCUCUACAAUCUGCAAACUCUCAACCUUCAUCGUUCCAAAAAUGUUCGAAUGAUUGUCAAUGAAGAUAUUGGUUCUUUGAUUAAUUUGCGACAUCUAAAUCUCUCCUUUUCAGACGUCAACCUUUUACCCAUAAGCAUUGCGCAUCUCCAAAAUCUAUCGUCCCUUGAUAUUUCACAUAAUUCAGCCAUCCCAGAGUUACCAGAUUCAAUCUCUCUGCUCUAUAAUUUAACGAUGCUUAAAUUAAACUCUUGCUCUUCUUUAAAAGCACUUCCUGGCAACUUUGGAGCUUUGACACAACUAAGGUCACUAGAUUUGUUUUAUACUAGAAUAACAGAAUUACCCGAGUCCUUGACCAGCAACAUCUGUAAAUUAGAGUAUGUGAACUUGGGAAGUUGGUGCAACUAUCCCAAAGAAAUUAAGAAUUGGGUGGAAUUGAGACAUCUGGAGAACCAUGGAAAGUCAAAAAAUUCAAGCAUGCCUGGAGGUAUUGAAAAUCUAACUCGCCUCGAAGUAUUAGAUCCUUACAUCUUUAGGAAAGAAGAUUACGUUUCCAUUGAUGGCUGCAGUUUCAACUCAGUUACUUCCUUCAUCCGAGAAUUAGCAGAUAUAAACUCCCUUCGGAGGUUAGUGAUUGUAAAUCUAGAGAAUGUGAGAGGUGGUAAAAUAGAGGCGGAGAGAGCCAAGUUAAAAGACAAGAAAAACAUCCAAAUGUUGGAACUGCGAUGGAAUUACAAAGAAGAAGAAGAUGAAAAAUAUAUGCGAUUGGAAUUCGAAGAAGAAGUAGAGGAAGAGGAAGAGGUCAGAGGAAGAUGAAGAAGAAGAAGAACGGAAAGCUGAUAAUUCUGUUAUGGUACAUUGGUACUGGAAGGUCUCCAACCUCACCCUAAUUUGGAGAUAUUUUGGAUCAUUGGUUUUCCUGGUUUAAAGCUUCCAAAGUGGUUGGGAACAUCUUCUUGUCUUCCUAAUUUAGUGAAUCUACGGUUUGUCAACUCUAAGAAUUGUGAAAAAUUAGUAGGACUAGGUCGACUCCCGUGUCUUCAGUUUCUUUCGGUAUGUAGAAUGAAUUCAGUCAAGUGUUUUGGUGAGGAGUUUUAUUUCCAUCAACAAGAAGAAGAAGAAGAAUUGAAAGAGAGUAAAGGUUCAGCCACAGCAACAACAUUAUUUCCUUCUUUAAUUGAGUUGGACAUCAAGGGGUUGAGAAAUUUAGAAGAAUGGUUUGCACCUCCACCACCUGAUAAUUCCUUCCCUUGCCUUGAGAAAGUAGAGAUCUGUGAGUGCGAUAAUUUGACAUGUAUACCAGAUUUACGACUAUGGACUUCUUCUCUCAGGGGAUUAAGGAAAAGGAAUUGCAAAAAGUUGGAAAAGGAGCCUAUCACGUAUUAUCUCGACAAAUACCUCCCAUCUGUUCGAUACGAGUGGGUUUCCCAGACCAGUGGGAUCAAUUUGGUUUAUACUCCAAUAUCAGGACUUCAAGAGACCAGAUUAAUAACCACCUGAAUGAUCAUGUUUUAUAGCAACCACCUGAAUGAUCAUGUUUAUUAGAAUGUGGCGAACUGCACCAUACAAGCAUGGCCAACACAAAGAAAAAUAUCCCCAAUCCAUCUGAGAUUAUCGGAAAAUCCGCAAAUCCAUCUGAGUUACUGGUCUUGCAACUUAAGCUUAGCAGACAUGUGGUACAAUUUUCUGAGCGUUCCAGAGAUGCAGCUCCAAUACAAGACGCGGCUUAUAGCUGCGCCUUAGUUCCCAGACAUUCUCAGUCUGGCUAUGGCAUGCCAAUGGCAUCGGAAACGAAAACUUAACGUGAGACUUGCAAUCGGAUAUGUUAUUUGUUUUCAAUUCUUGUUAUUUAAUGUACUUUCCUUAUAUCGGGAUAACCUACACUUAUUCUAGUAUUAGUUUUACUGUGAAUCUUUUAUAAACUCGGUUGAUCGAUCAUAUAUUUGCGAAAAUGCUACCAGCUAAAUGACAGCUGAGUAAGCAAAAACUGACAUGGAAUCUGACGUUGGAGAGAGAAGCAUUUUUCUUUGUCCAGUCACCUUUAAAGAAAAACCAAAAACUAUGUGUAUGUAACUCUGUUCAGAUUUGUAAUUAACCAACAGGAACUUCAUAGCCAGCAGAACAAAAAUGAUGACUUUAUUUUGAUAAAGAUGAACACUAUGAAGAUUAUGGUGAUGAAGAUGCAGUUUUUGAUGGGUUUCAAAAUUUCUCUGUAUUUUGCCGUGGUUAAGAU